AUGCAAUAUAUUGAAAAUAGUCCACUUACGCAGCUGCCCCAACAACAGAUAGAGCUACAGAAAGAGCUAUGCCAAGCACGGAUCCGUGGGGGGAAAUGGUGCCAGCACCUCAGACUUGCAGGAAGAAAUGAGGAAAAGGGAAAGAAUGAGAGGAACGGGAAAGGAAAAAGGAAGAGGAUAGGAGGAAAAAACUGGGAGGGAAGCAUAAAAGUAUUGACAAUAACCCCUGAAAGUAGGAAACCCACACUACUUGCUCCCAAAGAUGUGAUGCUGAAUCCGUGCCUGAAUAUUGGUACUGUCCAUGGACACAUCAUCUUCAAUACUGGCAUGACUGGGAGAGAGAUGGUGCUGACCCCACAAAGGGCAUACAGAAGAAAAGAACUAUUAAUAUUGGGUAAUCGUAAACAUGACCCCGUCUUGAACAUUGCUGCAAUAAAUUAA